AUGGCUACCAUGAACACUGUGGCUGAAGCAGUGCGUGAGGCUGCAGUAGCAGCGGCUAGGGCUGUUGAACGCCUUGGAGUGAGAAACGGGAAUGUGAAUGAACACGGAGAAGAAAAUGGGAAUGAUGAGAAUAAUAUUGGGAAUCCUGAAAGACCCAUGAACCUCGCGACUUUUUUGAAGGUUAAUCCGCCUAAGUUCAAGGGUACACUUGUUGCUACUGAUGCUGAUAACUGGUUUCGAGGUAUUGAACGAUCACUGAGAGCGCAACAUGUUCCGGAAGGACAUCAUGUGGAGUUUUCUACUUAUAUACUCGAGGGAGAAGCUGAGGAUGAAUUUUAUGAAAAGUAUUUUUCGAGAGCAGCACGUGAUGCUAAGGAGAUGGAGCUUAUGCAGUUGAAACAAGGGGAUAUGACUAUUGCUGAGUAUGCCCGUAAGUUCGAUGACUUAUGCCGUUUUCCCAAGAUUUGUCAAGGGAACCCAGCAGACUUUGAGGAAUGGAAGUGUUUAAAGUUUGAAAGAGGACUCCGAGAAGAACUGAUGAAUUCUGUUGUUCUGCUAGAGAUACAAAAUUUUGCUGAACUAGUGAAUAAAAGUAAACCAGUGGAAGAAUGUUCAAAGAAGGUGGCGAUAGCUCGAGCAAGUCGUAGGGAGGAUUCACAAAGAGACUUUGUUUAG